CGCAGCGGUGUUAGCGGCUUAGUUUAUUGUGGUUGUUAUGUACAGUUCAAAAUAUGUCGAUAAACUAAAUGUACAUACGAUAGACGUUGUCAAACGCUUCAGUAAGGAUACAAUUCAUUGAUAUAUUCAUUUCUCCAUAGAGUAAUUUGACCCUUUCUGCUCUGGUCUAACAAACUGCAGAGUUAAGCUAACAUUAGCCAAGCUGUCAAGUAGCCAGUUUAACACAGCACUUUCUUGCUAGCUAACUAGCUAGCAAUAGAUUUUAAACGAGGACAACAAAGAAAACGUCGUAAAAACUGUGCCGUUUGUGAAUUAACUUUGUCUUAAAGUCACAUUAUGAAGUGGAUAGCUCUAUUUUAAUAGUAAACUACCAGUAGUUUGUCCGUUUUUAGAUUAUGUCAGUGAUAUUGAUUGUACUGUAACGUUAGUCCACUGACUCGAGCUCGACAGCCAGGUGGCUAUUUAAUCAAGGAGUUAUUAACACUGAGAAUCCGAGAUCGUGUAUUCCGAACAAACAUGGAUAAGAAAUCAUUCGACAUCGUCUUAGACGAAAUCAGGAAGUGCGUGCUAACAGAUCAGCGGAUUAAGGCGAUAGAGCAGGUGCACGGGUACUUCUCCAGCGAGCAGGUAAUGGACAUGCUGAAGUACUUCUCCUGGGCAGAUCCUCAGAUCAAAGCUGUCAAAGCUCUUCAACAUAAAAUGGUUGCCAUCCCCACUACCAAAGUGGCCAAUAUCCUCAACUGUUUUACCUUCUCUAAGGACCGACUGGUGGUUCUGGAACUCAUAGCUCUGAACAUCUCUGAUGCCCAGAACUACCGUCCCGUAGAGGACCUGUUCCGUAUUCACCUGUCUGAGAAGAAACGAGCCCGCAGGAUCCUAGAGCAGGUGUGUAAGGUGGGCUGCAAGGCUCCAGUAGCCAUGAUCUCUUCAUGUGGGAUGAUCCCAGGGAACCCUUACCCUAAAGGCAAGCCCAGCCAGACCACUGGCACCUUCCCUGGAGCUUCUGCAAAGAAGGAGGGAGAGGAGACCCCUGCCAGCACCGAGGGGAAAGGCAUCGCAGCCCGCAUCAUUGGACCAUUCAAACCAUCUCCGUCGUCCUACAACCCUCAGCGGCCGGUACCCUACCCCAUUCCCCCCUGCAGACCUCACGCCACCAUCGCACCGAGUAGGUACAACAACGCAGGUCUGGUAUCAGUGGGCGGGGUCAUAACGGCCAGCGUUCUCCCCCCACCCUACAGCGCCAGCACCAAGCCCACAGGCUACGCCAGACCUGCCAAUCAACAACAGCACCCUGUCACAGGUGUCAACUCCACAGCCCUCCCAUCUCCCCUCGGCUCCCCCACAGUCCCUCCCGUGCCCUCCCCCUCUCACCCCACUCCCACCACCCCCAUCACCCCUGUGUUCCCUGGUAAGGUCCCCUCCCAGAACCCUCUAGCCCCCUCUCCCUCCCCCGCCCCCUCUCCCUCUGUCAUCAAAGGGGGUCCCCUCCCAUCCAGUUCCCCCCAUCUGCCCCCCACCACCCCCUCCGUCAUUAAGGCCCACACCCCCUCAGCUACCCCCUGUGGUACCCCCGGUCCCCACCACCCAGGGGCGUUCUCCCCCUCUCCCUUCCAUGCCGGUGCCUCUCGGUCAGACACCCCUACCCCAAGGACCCCCCUCCCUGACCCCCUCCCUCAGGGUACCUCCAUGGGCCUUCCGCAGUACAACCCCCAGACAGGCCCUGCCUUCCCUGGCCUGCCCGCAUACCAGACCACCCCGUCUGGGUCGGUGAUCCGCAGCUAUCCUCCCUCCUCCUCCUCGGCCCCCAGCCCCAAGCCCUCCCCAGCCCUGUCCGGCCAGGCCCAAGCAUCCUUCUACAGCGAGCAGCACCGCGGCCCACUGGCUAGAACAGGAGGGGGGACAGGCAGUGGCAGUAACAGCCCAGUCCCCUCUGCCUUUAAAGGCCCUUCACGUGCGGGGACUCCCUCCCUCAGCUCUCUGGUAAUGCCUGGCGGAUCAGCGGCCUUAGCCCGCUCCCUGGGUCUGUCCCACCCCUCUUCUUCUCCCCAGGGCUCCCUACCCAGCCCUGCUGCUAUGGCCAGCCUCCAGGCCCUCUCCUCCAGCCCGGCUCCCCCUCACUACCCCGGCCUCUCCCCCUUCCCCUCCUCCCUGUCCUCCUCUUCACCCUUCCCUCCAUCCUCCUCUCUGUCCUCCAUGACCCCCACCUCCCACCCCCAGACCUCCAUGGCCUAUCCAGGCCUGUCUCACAGCGUAGCCACAAGUGGAGCCUCUCCCUUUGGGAUGGGUCUGACCACCACCCCAUCUAUCUUCCCGGGGCUGGUUCCAGGGCCCAGUCCAGGGGGGUUCUCAGGAUUUGGAGGUUCAGGAGGACCUGGGGCGGGGAGCCCCGUCCUGUCUUCCUUCAUGGGUGCCGGGGUGUCCGUAGCAACCGUAGCCCCUCUCCAUUCGGCGGCGGCCGUGGCAGCAGGAGUACCGUCCUCCUCUCCCGUUCUACCUGGCUUUGCCUCUGCCUUCAGCUCCAACUUCCAGCCUGGGUUGUCUAGUGGCCUCCAGCCUACAGGUGGCGCUGCGUUUCCUGGACUGUUGUCUUUCCCUGGCAUGCCAGGCUUCUCCCCCUCCCCCAGCCAACUACACAACCCUGCUAUGCAGUCAGCCCUGCUACAGGCCCACUCUGCGUCUGUAUUGGAGGGUUAUACCACAUACCCCCCUGGACCUGGCAACCCCUUUCAACCUGGCCUACACCCCUCCCAGCUGGGCUGGCAGUGACCAGAACACUCUGUCACACACACACACACACACACACACACACACACAAUAUGUACACAUGCAAAUUACCCUAAACAUUCAUAUACACACUUACACUCACACACACUCACACACUCUCACACUCAGUCGGUGGACUUGGGGUUAACUUGUAUUCCUCUACUCACUACAACCUGCCAAGACUGUGAUAAAGAAAAGAGACUUUGCAUAAUUCUUCUGUUUGAACUGUCACACUCCGUCAACAUGAACUAAAAUAAGAGGAAGUAGAGAAAGAAAGAUCUGAGGACCAACUACACCACAGACAAAGACUUGAAUUGAAAAGGGUUUAUUGAAAGCUUUGUUGUCACUGUGAACAGAGUGGACAAUGAUUUACCCGGAGGAUCGUGACUGAGACAAACUUCCCCACAGAGAGACAGAGAGGGAAAAGGUCUAUUUUAGCUUCAUCUAUCUUUCUGUCAAGAUGAGGUCUAUUGUAGAUCUAUCUGCUGUUCUGUCUGACUGUAGAUCUAUCUGAUGUUCUAUCUGUCUGACUGUAGUUCUAUCUGAUGUUCUAUCUGUCUGACUCUAGAUCUAUCUGAUGUUCUAUCUGUCUGACUGUAGUUCUGUCUGACUGUAGUUCUGUCUGACUGUAGAUCUGUCUGACUGUAGAUCUAUCUGAUGUUCUAUCUGUCUGACUGUAGAUCUGUCUGACUGUAGAUCUAUCUGAUGUUCUAUCUGUCUGACUGUAGAUCUGUCUGACUGUAGAUCUAUCUGAUGUUCUAUCUGUCUGACUGUAGAUCUAUCUGAUGUUCUAUCUGUCUGACUGUAGAUCUAUCUGAUGUUCUAUCUGUCUGACUGUAGAUCUGUCUGACUGUAGAUCUAUCUGUCUGACUGUAGAUCUGUCUGACUGUUGAUCUAUCUGAUGUUCUAUCUCUCUGUUCUAUCUGACUGUAAACAAAGUGACCAUGGUUUAUGAUUUUAUAUCUGGUGCUGUGUUUCAAAUAGUACCCUAUUCCCUAUAUAGUCCACUAUUAUUAUAUAGUCGCCUAUUCCCUAUGUAGUCCACUAUUAUUAUAUAGUACCCUAUUCCCUAUGUAGUCCACUAUUAUUAUAUAAUCCCCUAUUAUAUAGUCCACUAUUAUUAUAUAGUCCACUAUUAUAUAGUCCACUGUUAUUAUAUAGUCCCCUAUAUAGUCCCCUAUAUAGUCCCCUAUUCCCUAUAUAGUCCACUAUUAUUAUAUACUGUUCCACUGGAUGUCAGAAGGUGAAUUCACCAAUUUGUAAGUCGCUCUGGAUAAGAGCGUCUGCUAAAUGACUUAAAUGUAAAUGUAAAUAUAGUCCCCUAUUAUAUAGUCCACUAUUAUUAUAUAGUCCCCUAUUCCCUAUGUAAUCCACUAUUAUUAUAUAGUCCCCUAUUAUAUAGUCCACUAUUAUUAUAUAGUCCCCUAUUCCCUAUGUAAUCCACUAUUAUUAUAUAGUCCCCUAUUCCCUAUGUAAUCCACUAUUAUUAUAUAGUCCCCUAUUAUAUAGUCCACUAUUAUUAUAUAGUCCCCUAUUAUAUAGUCCACUAGUAUUAUAUAGUCCCCUAUUCCCUAUGUAAUCCACUAUUAUUAUAUAGUCCCCUAUUAUAUAGUCCACUAUUAUUAUAUAGUCCCCUAUAAUUAUAUAGUUCCCUAUUCCCUAUGUAAUCCACUAUUAUUAUAUAGUACCCUAUUCCCUAUGUAGUCCACUAUUAUUAUAUAGUCCACUGUUAUUAUAUAGUCCCCUAUUCCCUAUGUAGUCCACUAUUGUUAUAUAGUCCACUGCUAUUAUAUAGUACCCUAUUCCCUAUGUAGUCCACUAUUAUUAUAUAGUACCCUAUUCCCUAUGUAGUCCACUAUUAUUAGAUAGUACCCUAUUAUAUAGUCCACUAUUAUUAGAUAGUACCCUAUUCCCUAUGUCGUCCACCAUUAUUAUAUAGUCCUCUAUUAUAUAGUCCACUGUAUAGGGACUAGGGUGCCGUUAGGGACCCAGUCUGGGUAUGGUAUUUAACAAUGGCUGCUCCAGGCAUGCUGACUCAUCAGAACUAUACUAGACGUUAAACUCUUCAUGUGAGGAACAUUAUGCAUUCUGUUUAGAUGAGCAGGAUACCAGGUGAAACAUUGUGUUUAGAUGACCAGGAUACCAGGUGAAACAUUGUGUUUAGAUGACCAGGAUACCAGGUGAAACAUUGUGUUUAGAUGAGCAGGAUACCAGGUGAAACAUUGUGUUUAGAUGAGCAGGA